GCUUUCCUCCCCCGCUUUCCUCGACCGCUUUCCUCUACAUUCUGAGUACCCCCCCCUGGUCGUUGCGCACCGCACCACUGCCUUAGAGGGAAGCCUGAUAGAUGUAUCAUCUUCUUCGCCAUGCCCGACCAGCGAUCAAUACAGCGGGCCUUGCGUGCCCGAGAGCUUCUAAAUGACGUGAAGAGUCGAAUGGCUACGCCUUCUAACCAUGGCGCAACGGAGAUCAUUAAUCUGAUUGCGCGGAGUAGGUAUGGAAUGGAGGGAAUAAUGCAUCUUCAAAAGUCUAGUCUGACCGUGGCCGGAAUGGUACGAGCGGCAAAAUUCCUCCGCCGUACAGAACUUGAAAGACUUUUUAUCUUUGAUGAGAUUCGGGAUGCUGCCCUGAAGUGGCUUAACGGGGCGCCAGAGUUGGACCCUUACUGGUUAGACUGCCAGCGUCACCUUUCAAACCCAGGCUGGGCGAAAGAGUUCAUAUUUGAAGUUACUCUAUAUCUCUGGCAGGAUGAUUGCGAUGAUCUCCUAAGGAAAGUCUUUGCAGCAUAUAAGGGUAAUUUACGCCCCACGGCAAGUCGACAAAUCAAUCGGCUGUGGGAGGCUGGUAUGAUGAAUGAAGCGCGGGAAAUCUCAGUGUCCGCUAUCCCAAGCUCACCAACCCCUGUCAUCCCACCUCCCGACUCUGGCCCUGAGUCUCAGCCAAUAACCUCUAACGAAGGCCUCGCCUCUGAAGGUAUGGAUCUGUACAAUUCCUAAAGAGGGGCCCACGGAGAAGUGGGGGGCCAGCUGGAUGGGAAAUAAGUAUUGGGAAGGCGGCACCAUGCCAUAUUGUAUCGCCCUAUGGGCAAGUCAUAAUCCUGCCAUGAUCUGCAAGGAGGGAAGGGUCAAUCUACUGUUAUCAUGAAUGGAGUCCUUCUACAAGGGAUAAAAAACUACACCUCCCCCAGUCUUCGAAAUGUUUUCUAAGCCCAAUAGCAUACUAUCCGACGGACCCGCGUCCCUCGCAGAAGGCGUAUUGCUUUGAACCACUUCUGACGCGAUCGAGGGGGACCAGUUAUAAUUAACUGCUUUCCCCGAGUUGGAAACAAAACCACUCGGCAAUGUGGUUCGGGGUGUCUCCCAGCAACGUUAAAGCGGACGUCAGGUGGCGAGUAAACCGGGGGUUUGCUUCUU